CGUCAUGUGACUGGAGGCGGUACCACACCCCCGGCGGCGGGUGUCUCUCGCCUGAAGCACAGUGCGACGUCGCGACGCGCCACGUGCGGUCCACUUUGGCCCAUACAAUACCAAAAUCACUUCCUUCCUUCCUUCCUUCCUUCCGCGAAUACUCCCGCCGUCGCAAUCGCAAUCACCACCAACGCCGACGCCGAACUUACACUACCACCAAAACUACUCUACUGUAUUAGUACCUAGUGCUGUACUACUGCACUCGCUGACCAUCGCUGCAUACUUCUGCAUACGGGAAUUCCUCGUGAUAAAACUAUUCUUUAAUUCGAUAUUGUUAUUAUUAUCAUUAUUAUUAUAAUUAUUAUUAUUGUUAUUGUCAGCAUGGACUAGUGGGUUGUUAGUUGUUAAUAAGGUGGAAUUUUGUUUUUGUUUUGUUGUUGGUUUUUACUGUUAGCGAGUUCAGUGAUUUUUAUAUCUCGUGAUUUAAAAAAUAAAUUUUUUUUUUUUAAUGAAUUUUUUUUUGCAAAUGCACUGUGAUUUUUUUAAGGGUUCAGUAUAAUAAUUAAAUAGAAUGCCGGUUUUAAAUCUCCCUGGCACGUGAAUUUGUGAAUUAGUGAUAUUAUCAGCUGAAUAAAUCUGCACACAUCGACAUUUGUUAAUUAAAACCCCAUUUUAAUUCCGGUUCAUCAGCUGAGGAACAUCUCUGGUCAACAGUCAUCAAUCCAACAUGUCUUACCUCGCUCUGGAUUCAAACACUUGGCAGGUAAGUGACCUCAAGACCCGACGGUAUACUGGAAAUUAGACAAGCAAGAUGACAUUCAGAUGCGGCGGCGUCGGUGCCGGUGGAACGGGCGCGUGUUUCCAGCCGAGCUUUAAUGCCGUUGACUCAUCUUGCUGGGACCGAUUGACGAGCCACGGAGGAAUAUCGUCGCUAGGGGGAGGAAACUCUUCGCCGUACUCGGGUGGUCAUCAUCACGGUCAUCGGGGCAAUGGGAAUAACGGCGGGGGGAUGCCGCACCACGGCGGAGCCUCCUUGCCGACGGCUUCAGACUUCCAGCCGCCGUACUUUCCGCCGCCCUUUCCGACCCACCACCACGCACCCGCGAGUCCUCAGCACGGGCUUGGACAGCCGCAACAUCUUGAUUACCUGGUCGGCGAUCCUUACACACAGACUAUCAACACCCUCCACCAGCACCACUACAGCCAUCUCUCCGCGGCGGUCACCGCUGGCCAGAGAACUCAGGAUCUCAGGCGAGAUGCCGAAAGCAUUCAUGUCACAAAUAUGCACGCGUCGUUUCCAUACGACGGAAGCAGAGGAAGUGCUGGUGCAGGUGUCACAGGUGGUAGAGGCGUCGAAUAUGGAGUAAGACGUCCCGACGCUCUUUUGCCACCCCACGGGCUCGACCAGACGGACCUCGUCCUCAACUCGAGUCUUGUUGACGACCCCCAGGUGAGCGACGAUAACACUAAUGUCGAUGACGGAGGAUUUAUGAACGAUUUACCUCUUCUUAAAAAUAUAAAACAAUCAGACAGAGGAGAAAAAGGAAUGUUAUCAGGCAAUGCCCAGCCAGUGGAUGUGUUUUGCUCGGUACCAGGAAGACUAUCACUGCUAAGCAGCACCAGCAAAUAUAAGGUCACGGUCGCCGAGGUUCAAAGACGACUCUCACCACCCGAGUGCCUGAACGCGAGUCUUCUAGGCGGCGUUCUAAGAAGAGCCAAGUCGAAAAACGGAGGCAGGUUGCUGAGGGAAAAGCUCGAGAAAAUUGGGCUUAAUUUACCUGCGGGCAGGAGGAAGGCUGCUAAUGUUACUCUACUUACGUCAUUGGUCGAAGGUGAGGCUAUUCACCUUGCCAGGGACUUUGGAUACGUGUGUGAGACGGAGUUCCCGGCGAAGCAAGUUGCCGAAUACCUCAGUCGGCAGCACUGCGAGCCCCAGGACUCUUACAGAAGAAAAGAGCUGCUUCAUGCCACCAAACAAAUCACCAAAGAGCUGAUGGACCUGCUGAAUCAGGACAGGUCGCCGCUGUGCAACACCAGACCGGCACACAUCUUGGACCCGAAUAUACAGAGACAUUUGACCAAUUUCUCUCUGAUAUCUCACGGGUUUGGAAGUCCGGCUAUUGUUGCUGCUUUGACGGCAAUUCAGAAAUUUUUAUCGGAAUCACUGACGCACCUGGAAAAAAUGUACCCCGGUAACGGAAGCGGUGUCACGAGCAGUCAGCAAUCCUCGAUGGAGAACAAGAACAAGGACGGGUCCUUGAUGAACGACAUGAAAAAGUGACGCCCGGAAGACCCGCCUACCUCAAACGUGGUCACGUCAAUCAGCCACUCUUGGCCCUACAAUUAAUCUUUGCGCUAGUCCAAGACUAGAUUUCAGUGGACCACUAAUUGUAUAUUUAUUAAAGAGGUUGGCUGGUCGAGGUAACACCAAUCUUGUAAAAAUCACAUUUUUAAAUCUAAUAUCAAAAAUUAUAUAUUAUAUAUUUACGACGCAUACGCGUUUUUAAAUUCUAAUGAGCUACGCACUGUAUAUUAUUACUUUAUCAUGUAUAUAUUAUUAUUAUUAUUAAAUAGUUACUCGAUAUCGCUUCCAUUCUUAAAAUACUAAGUACGUUCCUUAAUCUUAGUAUCGUUUUAUUUUAAAUACGUAAUUUGUUGUAAUAAGUAAUAAGACUAAUAAGUAAUUAGAAAUUAACGUCGAUUCUAUUAAUUUUAUUAAUUUAAAUUGUAUUAAGCCGUCCGAGGCUAAUUACUUACUUAAUGUUUACCUGCAAUGCUCAGAUGCUUUUUUUUUUCAAUAACAAUUUAUUUAGAAUUAA